AACCCACAAUUUGUUUCGAUCCAAUCCGUCCUCAAGGCACCAACAGCGACCCACUCCUCGGGAAAAACCUCGAGAACAGAACCGAAUCUUGAUGGCAAAGUGCUUCAGCUUUGCAGCGACGUGCGACCGAUGGUUUCGCUUCUCCUUUUCCCGGGCGGGCCUGAAACCGACCACCACCGACCUCGGCGACGGCACGGUCAUGCACUGUUGGGUCCCCAAGGCGUACGAGCCCAACAAGCCCAACUUGCUCCUCUUGCACGGCCUCGGAGCCAACGCAAUGUGGCAGUGGAACGAGUUCAUCUCGCCCUUCGUCGCCCGGUUCAACGUGUACGUGCCUGAUCUCUUGUUCUUCGGCAACUCCUACACGGCCCGUCCGGAGCGGACCGAGCUGUUUCAGGCUCAGUGCGUCGCAGGAGUCUUGGAGGCUCAGGGAGUGUGGAAGACGAACGUGGUGGGGAUAAGUUACGGCGGGUUCGUGGCGUAUAGCUUGGCGGCGCAGUUCCCGGAGAUGGUGGAGAAGUUGGUCCUGUGCUGCGCAGGGGUGUGUAUGGAGGAGAAGGACAUGGAGGAUGGUGAAGACCGUGGACGAGGCCUUGAGUUUUCUGUUACCGCAGACGCCAGAGAAGAUGAAGGAGAUGUUCAAGGUUGCCUUUCACAAGCCAGUGAGGAGAAUGCCCACUUGCAUUGCGCAGGACUUUAUCAAUUUGAUUAUCAGGUUAUGUGGAAGGAGCACCUUCAAGAAAGGACAGGGCUGGUCUAUGCCUUGUACAAAGAUAGGAAGAUGUCUGAUCUUCCCACAAUAACUCAGCCAGCACUGAUAAUCUGGGGGGAAUAUGAUAAAGUCUUUCCAUUGGAAUUAGGUCACAGAUUAAAGAGGCAUUUGGAUGAAGACGGGCGAUUAGUGGUUAUAAAGGAUUGUGGUCAUGCAAUAAAUAAAGAGAAGCCGAAAGAGAUGUACAAACACAUUGAGGCGUUCCUCAUCGAUCCACUCCUCACACCUAAGAAGGAAAAUCAAACCAGUGGCGAGAAGGUGGACUGAGAGUCGGCAAUGAAUUCAUAAUGAACCAGCCUUCUGCAGCUUGCUUGUCCAAAUUUUAUGUAUGAUGUGCACAUAUGUGGAUUAAUUUAAGCUGUGUAGGUUCAGCAAAAUUGAGUUUAUGAAGAGUAAGGCUGAUACUAUGGGGAAUAUUUCCUAGUGUCCUUGAGAUAUUGCGUUACAGACGAAUCUUUUGGUUUCGUCGUGAAUUUCGCCGGAUUACUGUUGCAAUAUUUGCUUGUGAUGCUGUUUUCACAGUACAUGAAGCAAAUUUAUGCCAUUGUGAUGAACAUUGUUUC